AUGUCUUCUGAAGAUUCAUUGGACGAGCGGGAACGGCCAGGUGUGGGGCGGCGAGUGGUGGGGGGAUGCGCGCGCGCCGCCUGCUCGCAGAUCGGUUUGGUGAUACUAGUGGUGAUAUACGUAGUCCUCGGAGCGCUGUUGUUUGAAUACUUGGAGUCAGGACCUGAGGUGCAGAAGAGAUCGGCGAUACAACGGUCGAGAGAAGAGUGCUUGAAAGAACUUUGGGCUAUAACAGAGCGCCUGAACGUCCUGUACGAGCGUAAUUGGACGCAGCUUGUUCACGAGCAGCUGCGCAAGUUCGAGUCGUCAAUAGUGGCUGCGGCGAGGCAGACAGACUCGCAGCCACCUGAACUGACCUUGGACUCGAAGUGGACAUUCUCCGGGUCACUUAUAUACUGCAUCACGCUGAUUACUACCAUAGGGUAUGGAAACGUAUCGCCGCGCACGGCAGCGGGACGAGCAGCAACUGUCGCGUACGCGGCUGCAGGAGUGCCGCUGACCUUAGCUUGUCUGGCUGGUCUAGGAGCCUCAUUAGCUAGACUAGCUCGAAUGGCAUGGCUGAAGGCUACCAAGAGGAAAGUGCCCAACACUUGGAGGAAAGAUGGCGAAAUGGAAAACCAUUUCCAACUGCAUGAGCAGCAGCGACUGUUGCCCCAACCUACAGAGCAUAACCAGUACACGUCGUUCCCACCAAGAACCCACAGGUCUCCUGGAACUGUGAGGGCUAGGGCUGGUGACAGAGGUCAAUAUUCGCAAGUAUUUGAGCGGGCGCCACCAAGCCCUAGGGCGGCUACUCUGGGGCGCGUCAAGCGCAGUGCCUUGGCUGAUGAGCCUCACACAUCAACAGCAUUACAGACACAGACAUUAGAUCGGAAGAAGGCAAUGGGCAGUCUUAAAUGUUUGGCGACAGUGCACGGACCCGGACGGGGCAGAGGACGAGGGACCAUUCAAAGGCCGCGGGGGCCUGUAAUAGAUCAGCUAAUAGCCGAGGAGUGUGGGGAACUCUCCAUGAACCGGAGUGAAGAAGACCUGGACGAUUCUGAGGACACUGAUGAAGCAAUAUGUCCCCACGACACCCCGUCACGAGUGCCUUUGAUUUGGAAGGAAGAGAAUCACAAGAUGAAGAGCUGCGCCGUGCCCAGCAGCAGUGCUUCUACUAGCGUGCCGCAUCACAUCAACCCCAGCGUCGAGCACUGCCACAUACCUGUCGGCAUUGUCUUGUUUCUCCUCCUUGCUUACAUCUGCGUAGGCGCAGCGAUAUUCUCCGCUUGGGAAAACUGGAGCUUUCUCGACGCAGCAUACUUCUGUUUCAUCGCAUUAGCAACCAUAGGAUUUGGUGACUUCGUACCAACCAGUUUUCUUACCUCAAAACCAACAACAGAAACCACCAAAAGUGAAUACAUUCAAAUGAUUGCGUGUUGUGCUUAUCUAGUUUUCGGACUCAUAUUAAUAGCAAUGUCUUUCAGUCUUCUUCAAGAUGAAGUAGUGUCACGGUGUUCGCAAAUAGCCAAUAGUUUAGGGCUUUCUCGUCAAUGACAAUACGAGAAGAGCGAAUGUAGCUCAACGGACAAUCAUUUAAGGAU